CACUGUUUUGCCUCCAGCAAGGAACAAGAAUGUUGCAACACUGACUCCUCCUCUCAUGAAGAAAGAGUGAACAAGUGCACCGAGUUGAGCUUCUCACAGAGCCACCGGGCUGGGGACGGAGGCGCCCAGGUUGGGCUCCUAAGACUCCAGUCUUCUGGACUUCUCCCCACCCCCGCUCCCGCCCCCGCCCCCUUCCCGUCUUACUCCCUCCUCACCCUCUGUCUGGAUUCUACCGGCUGUUCUUGAAACAGCUUUGCACCCAUUGGAUCUCCACGUCCUUUUGCAGGAAGUGCUCACGGACUGUUACGGCAGAUUUUGCUCCCAGGCAAAAUCCACAUGGCACUCCCAAGAAUGAAGCAUUAAUAGCAUUAACUCAAUGAAGACAGUUAUGAAUAAACCAAAGAUUGCAGCAAAGAUAAACAGCUGCAAAAUCCUGGUUUUCACCCAAUUUUCUACUUCUGCUCCAAAGAGCAGGCUAUUUUAUGGACCAGUGAUAAUUGCCCCACCUCUAUCCUGAAUCACUGUGGCUAAAGAACUCUUCUAUUCAUGGAGGUGAAAACUAAGGAAGGUUUCUACAUGAACCCUGAAGUGAAAGCCUGAUACAUUUCCUGUAGAAAGAGAAAAGAAGCUAAAAUGAAGGAAAGUGUGGCAUCCACAGUUUUCGUUUUGCUACUUUUUCUCAACACCAGACUCCUGAAUGGACAAUCACCUCCUGGAAAACCUGAGAUCCUUAAAUGUCGUUCUCCUGAAAAGGAGACAUUCACCUGCUGGUGGAAGCCUGGGGAAGAUGGGGGUCUCCCUACCAAUUACACACUGAUUUACCACAAGGAAGGAGAGACACUCACACAUGAAUGUCCAGACUACACAACCAGUGGCCCCAAUUCCUGUUACUUCAACAAGAAGCACACCUCCAUCUGGACAAUGUACAUCAUCACAAUAAAUGCCACAAACCAGAUGGGAAGCACUUCCUCGGAUCCACGUUAUGUGGACGUGACUUACAUAGUUGAACCAGACCCUCCUGUGAACCUGACUUUGGAAUUAAAACAGCCAGAAGACAAAAAACCAUAUCUGUGGAUGAAAUGGUUCCCACCCACCCUGGUUGAUGUAAGAUCUGGUUGGCUCACACUCCAGUACGAAAUUCGAUUAAAACCCGAGAAAGCCACUGAGUGGGAGACUCAUUUUGCUGGGCAGCAGACUCAGUUUAAGAUUCUCAGCUUAUAUCCAGGACAGAAAUACCUUGUCCAGGUUCGCUGCAAGCCAGACCAUGGAUUUUGGAGUGAGUGGAGCCCAGAGAGCUCCAUUCAGAUACCUAAUGAUGUCACCAUGAAAGAUACCAUUGUGUGGAUCUUUGUGGCUGUUCUUUCUGCUGUCAUCUGUCUGAUUAUGGUCGUGGCAGCGGCUUUGAAAGGCCAUAGCAUGGUGACCUGCAUCCUUCCACCAGUUCCUGGGCCAAAAAUAAAAGGAUUUGAUACUCAUCUGCUGGAGAAGGGCAAGUCUGAAGAACUGCUGAGUGCCCUGGGGUGCCAAGACUUCCCUCCCACUUCUGACUGUGAGGACUUACUGGUGGAGUUUUUAGAAGUGGAUGACAGUGAGGACCAGCAGCUGAUGCCAGCCCUUUCAAAAGAACACCCAGGUCAAGAUAGGAAGCCCACACCCCUGGACCCAGACAGUGACUCUGGCCGGGGCAGUUGCGACAGCCCUUCCCUUUUGUCUAAAAAGUGUGAGGAAGCCCGGGCAAAUCCCUCCACAUUUAACACUCCUGAGGGCAUUGAGAAGCCAGAGAAUCCCCAGACAAAUGCUACCCGCACCUGGGACCCCCAGAGCACAAGCUUGGAAGGCAAAAUCCCCUCUUUCCCUGCCAAUGGAUCCAAAUCUUCAACAUGGCCUUUACCACAGCCCCCCAGCCAUCCCAGCCCCAGAUCUUCUUACCACAACAUUGCUGAUGUGUGCAAGCUGGCCAUGGGCCCAGCAGGUGCAUCGGCCACUUCGUUGGACAAAACAGACACACGUGCUUUAAGAUCUUCAAAAAAUGUUGAGACUGGAGGGGAGAAAGUGGCAGUCGAGCAGAGGGCAGUGGAAAGCUUCCAUUCCAAGACUGACCAAGGCACAGCAUGGCUGUUGACCCUGGAGAAAACCUCUUUGAUCUCUGUGAAACCCUUGGAUUAUGUGGAGAUUCACAAAGUUAACAAAGAUGGUGCACUAUCAUUGCUCCCAAAACAGAAAGAGAACGGCAACCAGACAGACAAGCCCAGCACUCCUGAAACCAGUAAGGAAUAUGCCAAGGUGUCCAGGGUGAUGGAUAACAACAUCCUGGUGUUAGUGCAGGAUCCGCAAGCUCAAAACCUGGCUUCAUUUGAAGAACCAGCCAAGGGGGCUCCACCGCCCCUUCAACUGAAUGAAGCUGAAGAAGACCUGGCCUCCUUCACGUCGGCACCAAGCAACUGUGGACUCCGGCAGGGUGGGUUGGAUUACCUGGAUCCCACAUGUGUUAUGCACUCCUUUCAGUGAUAGCUUGAUUAAUGGAACGAUUGGUUAAAAUGUGACUUUUUUUCAGGUAACACUACAGAGUACAGGAAAUGCACUCUCCUAGAGAAUGCUCGAGAGCGUGGUUAGAUUGACACUAUACAGCCCACAGUUCAUUCGUUUUCAUGCUCCAUUUUCAACCAGCUGCCUCUUUCUCCAACAGCUGAUUCCAGAACAAAUCGCUUUGCUUCCUGUGAUUUGUACAUUUACUUUUUGCGAUUAGUUAUAAAAUUAUGUGUUCAAUGAAAUAAAAGCACAUCGUUUAGUAUUCUCGAGGGACAGUACCGACAGGUAUAUCCUCUGGAAGAGACUUUCACAGUUUGGUGUGUGACAAAAGGAAAUGAGAGAGUCACGGUUGUUUACCACAGGAAGAUGACAGGUGUAAGAGACAAAUGCCAUGAAAACCACUGUUGAAAACCAACGAACCUUUGCUUGACCUUUGUUUGACCUUUACUUGACCUUUGCACUCCUCUCUCAUUUUAUUAGGAUGAACCGAACACAUUUAAAGAAAGAAUGCAUUCCAGAACACCUGACAAAUUGUUUACAUCAGUUCCUAUCACCUUAGUGAUACAUUGCCAAUAUGCAAGCCAAAAUGAUGCCUCCAAUUUUUUCUUAAAAUGGUUUGAAUUUAUUAAGCGUGGGUUUUCCCCCCUAAAUUGUAUUUUAUCCUAAAGCCUCUAGAGAAUAUAGUUUUGGAAAAUGGAAUUUUCUUACAUUACAGGUAAAUGAGUUUCGUGUGGUAGAUUCUUCUAAAAUGUUUUCCUGUUUCAUUUCAGCACACGAGAUAAUUUAUUAAACCCCCUAGUCUUCUGUUAGGUAAAAAAAAAAAAAAAAUCCAGAAGACUAACAUUAAUUUAAAAGAUAAUCACAGCAGGAUGCUGAUGGAAAUACUGCCUUACUGUACAUAUGAAUUCUACUUUAAUAGAAACCCAUAAGUUUCACAAUGUAUUUUUGAAGACUAUUUUUCUAUCAGUUAGGUAAAAUAAAAGACUAUUUUCUAUCUUCCCAGUA